ACCCUAGCCCCCAAAUUGAAUCAAACAACGCCUCUCUUUCUCUGUGGCUAUGGCGCAGCACUAACUGGACCCAAUAAAGGAGAGGAGAAGCAUAACACAACACGAGUGUAGAAGAAGAAGAAGAAGACGUGGUCCACUCCAAAUAUCUUCGUAGCAUAGGCAAUUACGCAUCCGCUGCGGAUUUACCGAUUCUUUUUCUCCCUUUAUUUAAUCAAAUAAAUCCACUGCUUCUCUUUGCAUGAACUUUUAGUCUUCUCCGCCGCAUCGGACUUAUUAGAUUCCUCAAUACCUAGCUGCCUUUUCCCUCUUUUCGAGCUCAAGAUCAUUUCUUUGCUGCAAUUGCCCUGCAAAUUGAGCCCCGGAGGAAUUUCGGCUUCUUUUUUGUGCUUCUCUCGGUUUCGUUAAUCUAGGGUUUGUAAUUUUUUCUGAGAGCUUUUUGGAGGUGGAUAGAAUGGCGGGGAUUGAGCCUGCCGUGCUGGACGACAUCAUCAAUCGGCUAUUGGAGUUCCGGAACGCCAGGACUGUGCGCCAGGUGCAGCUGUCCGAGAACGAGAUCCGUGCUCUCUGCGCCACGUCGCGGGAAAUAUUCCUAUCGCAGCCUAAUCUCCUCGAGCUCGAAGCACCUAUCAAGAUCUGCGGUGAUAUUCACGGACAAUAUGGAGAUCUUUUGAGGCUUUUUGAAUAUGGAGGAUUCCCGCCCGAGGCCAAUUAUCUGUUCUUAGGGGAUUAUGUUGAUCGAGGCAAACAGAGUUUGGAGACAAUCUGCCUUCUUCUUGCCUACAAGAUCAAAUAUCCCGAAAAUUUCUUUCUCUUGAGAGGGAAUCACGAAUGUGCUUCUAUCAACAGGAUAUAUGGAUUCUAUGAUGAAUGCAAGCGCCGUUUUAAUGUUAGGUUGUGGAAAGUUUUCACUGAUUGCUUUAACUGCCUUCCUGUAGCAGCUCUUAUAGAUGAUAAGAUUCUUUGCAUGCAUGGUGGUCUUUCUCCUGAUCUAACAAACAUGGAUCAAAUUAGAAAUUUAACUCGUCCAACGGAUAUUCCUGAGUCUGGUCUGCUUUGUGAUCUACUUUGGGCUGAUCCGAGUAGAGAAGUUAAAGGUUGGGGGAUGAAUGACAGAGGAGUCUCAUACACAUUUGGUCAAAAUAAAGUGGCUGAAUUUCUAACACAACAUGAUAUGGACCUCGUUUGUCGUGCCCACCAGGUUGUAGAAGAUGGCUAUGAAUUUUUCGCUGAUAGGCAACUAGUAACCAUAUUUUCUGCACCCAACUACUGUGGUGAGUUUGACAAUGCUGGAGCUAUGAUGAGCGUCGAUGAGAGUUUGAUGUGCUCAUUUCAGAUUCUAAAACCAAGUGAUAAAAAGCGGCCCUUUUAAAGCAAGUGCUCUCAUAAUGUGCAUGGCUCUCGGAGACUAUCCAGGACUCGGAGACUUGAACAUGGUACUAAGGCAUUGUGCGAUGACAGAAUGUUUAAGAAACUUGUUCAUGUAUUGUUUCGUGAAGUGGAUGAUACCCCCUAAAAGACUAAUUCAGAGGCAACUAUGAUCAAAUGGCCCCAAGUGCUGUAGUUUUGUUUUAUCAUUCCCUUUUUUCCGAACGCAGUUUAUGAUUCGACUGGGUAAAUCAACUUUUUUUUGGUAAAUUGCGAUGUAAGUGUAGAUUUUUACUGCUAAAUUUAUGAGUUGCCUCCUGAUAACUGUUUUGAUGAAUCUUUCCCAUUGUAACGUUGAUUAAUUUCAGUUGAGUAUUUUGUCAUUGGUAGUGAA